UAAUGCGCCAUAACGCUGGUUGCCAGCCACCAACAAAAAAAAAAAAAAAGGAAAGGAGGAAGAAGAAGAAGGCGGAAGCUACCAAUCAGAAACCGACUUCAGUUGUCUUACGUCACUUCCUUUCUUCUAAAGCGUGUCGCACAUCGAAAAGGAAAAAAAAUGUCAGCGGACAUGAGGACGGAGGACUACCCCGAGGAGAUAGACGAGCAGCUCACAGGCUUCGACUCCUCAGUCUCCUCCAUCAAGACCAUGUUGGAGCAGCUGAUGGCGAUGCCCAGAAACGACCUCCUGCAGCAGCUGGAUCCUUUGGACCGAGCCAAACUGGAUCUGAUGUCGGCUUACACCCUCAACUCAUUAUUCUGGAUGUACUUGGUUACACAAGGAGUAAAUCCCAGGGAGCAUGGAAUCAAGCAAGAGUUGGAGCGAAUACGGACAUACAUGAACAGAGUGAAGGAGAUCACCGACAAGAAGAAAGCUUCCCGUCUAGAUAAGGGCGCCGCCACGCGCUUCCUCAGGAAUGCCCUCUACGAUCCAGCGGAAAAAGAUUCCAAGAAGAAAGCAGCGUCCAAGAAAACGGCAGAUGCAGCACCCGACACUCCGCAGAUGAAGCGUCCAAAGCGGAGCUGAGGUAAAGGAGGAGCUGGGCAGCGAACACUGGAGUUGAUAUUUUUGCUAACAAGAACUGUCUGAUAAGGCAUCAUUCAAGACGACUUGACGAGUGUCGUCUGGGUUCCUCAUUAAUCUGGAUCGUUGGUCGUUGUUGUCCCGCAGCAGUCGGCGCAUCAUGUCGGAUGUUCUAGAAACACAAGACAUCAUCCAGGGUUUCCGGAACAUAUUUCUGGAUAUGGUGCCGUAAUGUUUUUGCGAUGUUACUUCAUCACUGAGUCGUCGUGUGUGUCUGUGGACUUCUACAGACAGUUUUAUUUGGAAAAAGUGAGUCAAAUCUUAAAUGGUUCCAUUGCAAGUUUGAAAUGUGUCCAUUUAAGAUUGUAUGGUUCUUCUUUCUUAUGAAGGAGAAAUGUUCCUACGUGUGAAUUAUGAAAGGGAUUCUAUGAAUCUCAAAUCAUUUUUACACACACACGCGCCUCAUUUCAAACAUUCUGAUAUACGUAGGGUCAUGUAUUUCUUUAAGAAUUGACUUUUGCAGAAAAAAUACAAACCAAACCUGA